AUGGCACCCUUGACGACCGAGACCAUUUCAGAUGUCCUGCGUGAGGACUUGGAGGUCGAUCUGGGAAAAGAUUUCCAAGUCGGGUUGACUCAUGUCAAAUGCCUCGCGCCAACACAGUAUCGUGGUAGCCGACAGUGUGGGGAAUCCAUCAACAAGCACAUCAUUGUCCGCAUCCAAGCAAUCCUCGACCUGCCCGUCACUUAUUUAGAAGGUGAUAAGGUCAAGAUAUUUGAUGCAAUCGACCAACUCGCUACUUAUCUCGUCCAUCCCCGCAAGCAUCCUAAAGCUGGCGUUAAAACGGUGAACGAGUUGAAGGAGAAAUACCGCAAAACGAUGGAGCGACACUUUGAGGCCAAGAAAAAUGACGGCGCCAUCGUUGCUAUGACUGAGUCUCGGGAAGUCCUCGAGAACAGUGACGUUGAAGAAGAUUCCCUUCCCAUCGUCCCGUCCAGCUAUACCGAGGAGAUCACUCAGGCCGUCGAGGUCGGAGAGGUUAGCUAUCCUGCCUUGCCCACCACCCACACUUGCACCAUCGAGGACAAAGAAGAUGUCACCAUUGACUCUUCCGAUGAACCUCACCUUCUUCCACGAUCGUACAUUACCCCACCCUAUUGCCUCGCCAAACCAUCUACCCCAUUGUCCAGUAACGACCCGAUGCUAUCACACCCUAUCUCCGAACCCCUCCCAUCCAACAAUCUCCUCCUUUUACUUGUCCUUAAAUUCCUGCAGCAAUUAUAUGUGGCGUUUUACUCCCAGGUCCACGUCAGAUGGGGCCCGGCACCGGUUGAGCAUAUGUCCGGGCAGAGUGAGCACGAGUCCUUUACAGAGUUGAAAUUCUUUUUCGGGUUGAGAGUAGCGACUAGAUUGCUUCCGAUCUUGCUGUGCGUUGUAUCGUUGGGAUUGUAUUAUCAGGCCGGGAGUAUCUUGGGGUGUUUGGCUCUUUAUGUACUUGUUUCUGGUUGUGUUUCCACGUUGUUGCGGUUGCGUUCUCCUGGAUCGGAGCUCGUCGUUUGAUACCCGCCGGAUGUAUAUUUCUUGAUUGACGGAUGCAAUUAUGAU